CUGUCAUUGUCAAGUAAUUUGAUUUAUUAUUUCUGACUUGUAUCGGUACUCGUGCCAGUUCAUCAAUUUUUAAUUUAAUUUUCCCAUUUGUUUCCCAUGCUGAAAGCAUCAAUCUCUGACAGACAAUGGCAAAUCUAGACAGAAAGGGCACCUUUAAGGUAGAGUAUCUACAAGAGAUUGAAAAGAAGGUCCAACAAAAAUGGGAUCUAGAGAAGAUCUUUGAAAUGGAAGCACCUGAGGAUGGAAAGGCGUAUGAAAAAUUCAUGUGCACUUUUCCAUAUCCUUACAUGAAUGGACGUUUACAUUUGGGCCACACUUUUUCACUUUCCAAGUGUGAAUUUGCAUCUAGAUAUCACAGAUUAAAGGGGAAAUUGGUGCUUUUUCCAUUUGGUUUCCACUGUACUGGAAUGCCAAUUAAAGCUUGUGCUGAUAAAUUAAAAAGAGAAAUGUCUGUGUAUGGUUAUCCACCAGUUUUUCCUGAUGAAGAUGAAAUAACCAUACAAGAGGAAGGAGACAUAGUUCCAAAAGAUAAGAGUAAAGGUAAAAAAAGUAAGGCAGUAGCUAAGGCAGGUUCUGCAAAAUUCCAAUGGCAGAUUAUGAGAAGUCUUGGAAUACCUGAGGAUGAAAUUAAAGAAUUUGCCAAUGAGUCUUAUUGGCUGGAGUAUUUUCCACCUCGAGCUGUAGCAGACCUCAAAAGGAUGGGUAUACAUGUUGACUGGCGUCGUAAAUUCAUCACGACAGAUGCAAACCCAUUUUAUGAUUCAUUUAUUAGAUGGCAAUUCAAUCAUUUAAAAGAGCGUAAGAAAAUUAUGUAUGGCAAACGGUACACUAUAUUUUCACCUUUAGACAAACAGCCUUGCAUGGACCAUGACAGGAGCUCUGGAGAAGGUGCUGGGCCACAAGAAUACACUCUAAUCAAAAUGGAAGUUCUAGAGCCUUAUCCAGCUAUACUAGCGAGUUACAAAGGCAAAAAAGUCAGCUUUGUUGCAGCAACACUAAGACCUGAGACAAUGUAUGGACAAACCAACUGUUGGGUACAUCCUGAUAUUAAAUACAUAGCUUUUGAAACAGUCAAAGAUGGUAUAUUUAUAUGUACAAAACGUGCUGCUAGAAACAUGGCUUAUCAAGACUUCACUAAACAGGAUGGUGAAUUCAAAAUUGUGCAGGAAAUUACAGGACAAGACUUACUAGGAGUGGCUUUGAAAUCUCCAUUCACUUGUUACACAAAAAUCUAUGCUUUACCCAUGUUAACUAUAAAAGAAGAUAAAGGCACUGGUAUUGUCACAAGUGUGCCUUCUGAUUCUCCUGACGACUAUGCAGCACUAGUUGAUCUACAAAAGAAACCAGCUUUCCGGGAAAAGUAUGGAAUAACUGAUGAUAUGGUAAUGCCAUUCAAACCUGUGCCUAUACUCGAAAUUCCUGAAUUCGGAAAUUUGUCGGCCGUACAUGUGUAUGAUAAACUUAAAAUUCAAAGUCAAAAUGACAGAGAGAAGCUGACUCAAGCCAAAGAAAUGGUGUACCUUAAAGGCUUCUAUGAUGGUGUUUUGCUAGUUGGUGAAUACAAAGGAAGUAAAAUUCAAGAUGUGAAGAAGAAUUUACAAAAUAAACUGAUACAGGAGAAUGGUGCUGUGGUUUAUUAUGAACCUGAAAAAACUAUUAUAUCACGUUCGGGCGACGAGUGCGUAGUUGCUCUUUGUAAUCAAUGGUACUUGGAUUAUGGGAAUGAGGAGUGGAAGAGCCAGGCUGAAAAAGCCUUAGCAGCUAUGAAUACAUACCAUGAUGAGGUUAGAAAGAAUUUCCAGGCCACUCUGAAGUGGCUGCAUGAGUAUGCAUGUUCAAGAACUUAUGGUCUUGGAACAAAAUUACCCUGGGAUACACAGUGGGUGAUAGAAUCUCUAUCCGAUUCAACUAUCUACAAUGCAUACUACACUAUAGCACACUUCCUUCAAGGUGAUACUUUCAGAGGUAACAAAAAAAAUGCCCUCAAUAUUAAACCUGAAGAGAUGACUAGUGAUGUGUGGGACUAUAUUUUCUUCAAAGAUGCACCAUUCCCAAAGAAGACAAAAAUUGCAAAGGCAUCCUUAGAUCGAAUGAAAAGAUCUUUUCAAUUCUGGUAUCCAGUUGAUUUGAGAGUGUCAGGCAAGGAUCUUAUACAGAACCAUUUGACAUUCUAUAUUUACAACCACUGUGCGAUAUGGCCGAACGAGCAAAAUAAAUGGCCGAAAGGUAUCAGGGCCAACGGACAUCUGAUGUUGAAUUCCGCCAAAAUGUCAAAGUCAGAAGGAAAUUUCUUGACACUCACAGAAUCCAUUGAGAAAUUCAGCGCGGAUGGGAUGCGGCUCACGCUGGCCGACGCUGGUGACUCUGUAGAAGAUGCAAACUUUGUGGAGAGCACAGCUGAUGCGGCUAUAUUAAGACUGUAUACGUUUAUUGAAUGGGUUAAAGAGAUAGUUACUACUAAGGCUACUUUAAGGACAGGUAAUCUAAAUUUCCACGACAAAGUAUUCGUAAGCGAAAUGAAUACGAAAGUGUCACAAACUGAUGAUAAUUACAACAGAAUGCUGUUCAAAGAAGCUCUAAAGACUGGUUUCUUCGAGUUGCAAGCAGCCAGAGACAAGUACAGAGAACUUUGUUCAGAGGGAGGAAUGCAUGCCGAUCUUGUCACGAGGUACAUUGAGACGCAGGCCAAGUUGAUGUCGCCUAUUUGCCCUCACGUUGCAGAACAUGUUUGGGAAUUGCUGGGAAAUAAAACAAGCAUUCUUCAUGAGCUGUGGCCAGUAGUGGGUGAUGUGGACGAGGUAGCGGUUAAGGCAAGCAACUACUUAAUGGACGCCGCUCAUUCUUUCCGCAUAUAUCUGAAGAAUCAUUGCGCUGUCAAGAAGCCUAAGAAAGGCGAAAUUUCAAAACCAGAGAGAAAGCCUAAUAAAGCCACAAUUUGGGUUGCUAAAGAGUACCCAAAAUGGCAACAUAUUAUUUUGACCACUCUAAAACAACUAAAUGGGCCCGCGGGUCUUCCGGAUAAUAAGACAAUAUCUAGCAAAUUAGGUGAAAUUUCGGAACUAAAGAAGUACAUGAAGCGAGUGAUGCCAUUCGUGCAAGCCACAAGGGAAAACGUGGAGCGCGUGGGGGCUGAAGCACUUUCUGUAGGGCUACCGUUCGACGAAGCUGCUAUACUGGUGGACAAUAAGCAAUAUUUACUUAGCACUUUAGACCUGGACAAUAUAGAUGUUAAACAUACGGAUUCUGAAGACGCGCCGGAGAAGACGCGUGAGGAUUGUGCGCCUGGCCAGCCUCACAUCACCUUUAGCGUCGAGGCCGGUGUCACUGUAAACUUGAUCAACCCAACUCCACAAAGUGGUCUGUUCUCCAUUUCUAUAAAUCUGGCUGAUGGGGAUUCAAUCGAGAAAGUAAAGUCGAAAAUCGUAAAAGAAGUGAAGACAAUUAAAGAUGCAAAUUGUCUAAAAUUAUGGCGAUACAAAGAUCCCGCCCUGGGACCCAGGAAGAUCCCGGUACCUGGAGACCAUGAGACCAAAUGCUUAGUUUUGGAAAAUGAUACAGUAUUAAAAGUUGAUGUGGCUACCAACAAAGUUGAGCUAGUCAGUAAUGGCAAGAAUAUAGAUAUAGGCUUGCAAAUAGUAUACACUUAUGAAAAGUAACUUUUCAUAAAGACUUUUAUUACUUCAUGAUAAUAAAUUAUUUAUUGAACAA